AUUCUGACGGUGUACUACUCAUGUUUGUAAUAAUGUAAAUUAAUCGAUCACUCUUGCACAAACAAGUCGAUAAUUUUCAAAUCAUCAGAAGAAUUACAGACAUCACUAUUGAAUAUAAUUUGUUUUAUUUUCAAAAAAGCUGUCAUAGUGUCAUUAAUUAAUCAAUUUUGUUGGUCUCGUUCUCAUCUUAAACCUCUUAAACUCUCAAUUUCAAGUUGUUUUGAUAUCUGCUAAAGAGAAGAUUUGAUUAAAUUGCAACUGUUUGAAUGAUAACUAUGUAGUAAUAUUUUAUUGUAUUUUUACAUUAUCCUGCGUGUAAAUAAAACUCGCAAAACAAACAUUUCUAUUGUUACUCAAGUUUGUUUGAACAAAGUAUUUUUUUAAUACGAUAUGGCUGAUGAGUACGCAGCAGUAAAGCGGGGCAAGCUUAUUUUUAAAGGAGAAAAGCCCAAAGCAAAGAAACGUAAACACAAGAAGAAGGAAAACUCAGAAGCAUCAAACAUAGAUGAGGACUCAGUAAAGCAUGGAGGUUGGUGGAAGGUUGAAAAGAUUGAAGACAUUACAGGAUCAAUCUCUAUAGAGUUCGGAAAGAACUCUUACGUAUCAGCGUUAGACAAUGGUCUGUUCACACUUGGAGCUCCACAUGAUGAAGGAGAUGGUCCUUCACCGGAAGAGAUAUUUACAGCAUUUCCAGCUGGGGAGAACAAGUUUGCGCUAAAGUCUGGGUACGGGAAGUAUUUGGGUGUUGCAAAAGAGACGGUUGUGGGGAGAUCUGAUGCUGUGGGGGCUAUGGAGCAGUGGGAACCAGUGUGGCAGGAGGGUAAAACAGCAAUCCUAAGCUCCCUAAACAAGUUCAUGUCCGUUGAUCCUGAGGAUGACGCUGUUGUGGCCCGGAGUACUUCAGCGGGCACCAAUGAGUUCUGCAGCAUCAGGAGCAACAAGACCAAGGAGGUCAAUAAGUCCGUGCUACCUGAUGAAGAGCAGGCGGAUCUCUCACAAGUAGAAGUCAAUUAUGUGAAAAAGUUCCAGAAAUUCCAAGACAAGAAGCUCAGGCUGAAUGAUGGUGGGGUUUCAGAGCUAAAGAAAGCAAAGACAGAAGGCAAUCUGCACGAAACAUUGUUAGACCGUAGGAGUAAGAUGAAAGCUGAUCGGUACUGUAAAUAGACAACUGUUAUGUAA